AGGUACGUGUGCACAUCACAUUCUUUUUUUUUUUUUUUUGAGUUAAGUCAUGCAAACCAACGUGUUAGAGCGCGUGCGCGCACUAGAGGCGGACAUCGAGAAGUGUAUCGACUCUAUCGUUCAGCAGGAGCUUUUCGCGUCUGAUAUUACCAACGAGCGACACCGCAUCCUUAUAGACCACUUCGUCAUCCAGCAAGCCGAGGUCGUGAAGACCACCGCGGAGAAGCUGCUCGACGCGUAUUUGGACGAGGACGACAUCACCAAGGUACAGAACGCGCCGGCGGAAAGCGAAGACGACGUCGCCGCCGCUCUGAAGGAGUUUGAAGCGAAGCUGGCGGACAUCCGAGAGUACCACCACACCUACAACAACCUCCCACCCAUCAAGAAUGAGCUCAACACACCAAACCCGAAGAUGCUGAAUGACAUCUUCUCGUUGAAUGAGCGUUUUGGGGCCUGCCUGGACAUCGAUGCGCACUACACCCGCUAUAGCGCAUUUAUGGUGCGCACCAGGACGGUGGCGGAGUCCUGCGAGGGUGCGGACGUGGCCGAGGAGCUUCUCGCUGAGCUGGCGCCGCUCGCGCCGUCUUCCAUCCUCGCAUGGUCCCCGCUGUGGCCAGGCCGUUUAGACUUCUUCCGUUUUCCCAAAGCCCUUCCGCAGAUCCUGCUUCACGAGACCGAGUCGCACCGUAAGAUCGUCGGAUUCGAGCUGUACCGAGCGUUUGUAGACGGGCUGCUGGCCUACCUCGUCGACUUCCACGGCCGGGUAUACCCCUUCAAGAAGAGUGCACUGGAGCGUCUUCUGACAGAGGUCGAGGGCGACGGGGAGGAGUACUGGGCCGCGUUGUUGGCUGCGAAGGCGGAGGUGACGAGUGUGGCUGCUGCUGCUGCGUCUGCGUCCGCUGUCGGCGAUGAUGACGCAGACGCGAACGAGGAAGGAGAGAGGGUUGCGGAGGAAGAAGCAGCAGUGACCGCGGAAGAUGCGGCGGAGCGGAAGGCGGCGCAGCGUCGCAAGGCGGCGGCCCGCAUUGCGGUCGAGAACAAAGUCUCCUGUGGACUCACCAUUCCGCCAUCGCUGCGACGCCACGCGAAGAACUACAGCCUGUGGCCCAUUGCGAUGAUCGAGAAGCUGAUUCACACCCAAGGCGGCACGAAGAAAAGCGUGGAGGACUGUGACGACACGAAGGAAGCGGAUGCAGGCGAGAAGAGCAAAGCGAUGGUCAAGGCUGGCUACCCGACGAGCAUGGCGGAGGUGAAGGCGGUGUGCAUGACGGAGGCAAAGGCCGCCGCGCUGCUGCACUCACUGCUGUUCAACGCGUUCGAAAAUACCGACAAGGCACUGCUGCGGGACUACAGCCGCACCAUGGAGGAGCUGGAAAGCGAUCGCGCACAGGCGGAUGAUGAGUUCACGGCUUCUUUGGAGGAGUUGACGAAGAACUUGGCGAGCACGAUGGAGGGCACCGUGGCUCACGCCGCGCGGUACAACCUCCAGCUGGCCCUCAAGGACACGAAGGGCAGCAUCAUGAACUCUACCAAUCCUCGCUACGGAAGAGGCCGAGGCGGUCCUGCCGCUGCUGCCCCGGCAGAGGUAGCACCUGAGCCAGAGGAAGAAAAGGCGGAACUGCUCGGUGAGAACGGGGAACCGAUUCCCCGCUGGCUCGCACAACUGCACCAACUGGACAAAGUCUUCAAGUGCGACGUGUGCGGCGGCACCGUGUACAAAGGACCGAAGGUGUUUCGCGAGCACUUCGGCGCUGACCGGCACGCGGAGGGUCUGCGUAGACUCGGUGUGACACAGCACCUGAAAAGCUUCGAGGGCAUCACGUCGAUUCGAGAGGUGGUGGAGCUGCGCGACAGGCUGAGCGCGUCGGAGGGCGGCUUCCGCAAGCGUCUCCGCGAUAACAUGGAUCACGAGGAGAUACAAGACGGCCGCGGCCGUGUGCUGUCUGGAAAGGUGUACGAGCAUCGUCAGAACAGUCGUCGUGAUGGGCGGUGA